GCACCUCAAAAAUCUUUGAAGUUUUGCACGUGGACAAAAUUAUGGCAAAUCUUUGGAGAAUUGCGUUAUUGAAGUUUCUUUUAAUCGGUUGUCAAGUUUUUGGUCAAAAUGGCAAUACUCAAUGCGACAAACGUAGUUGUUACCCAGCUACAGGGGAUCUCAUGAUUGGCCGAAGUGCCAAUUUAACAGCUUCCUCCACUUGUGGUAUGACAUCGCCCGAAGACUAUUGUAUUGUGGCACAUCUCCAGGCCAACCCAGCGGAGUGCUUUUUUUGUGACACAAGUACCCCUGAAAUAAACCAUGAAGCAGAGAAUAUGAUAUCAACCUUCAAUGGAAAUAGAGACAAAACAUGGUGGCAAUCAGAAAAUCUCAAAGAAAAUGUAUACCUUCAGCUUGAUCUUGAAGCUCAGUUUCACUUCACACACUUGGUGAUGACAUUCCGCACUUUCCGUCCUGCUGGAAUGCUUAUUGAAAGAUCAUGGGACUAUGGUAGGAACUGGCAUGUUUAUCGAUACUUUGCUGCAGACUGCGAGAAGACCUUUCCUGGAAUUCCCCACAGACAGCAGAAAGAAAUUGACGAUGUCAUUUGUACAGAGGAUUUUUCUUCUGUAGAGCCAUCAUCAAAUGGAGAGGUUAUCUUCAGGGCACUUAAUCCUCAAAUUCCAAUCAAGAAUCCCUACAGCGAAAAAGUACAGAACCUGCUCAAGUUGACAAACAUACGGAUUAACUUUACCAAGCUUCACACCUUGGGAGACUUGGUCCUGGAUCCUACACAGCCUGAAGCCAGAUUAAAGUAUUACUAUGCCGUGUACAACCUUGUGAUCAGAGGUAGCUGUUCUUGUUAUGGGCAUGCUGAGCAGUGUCUACCUUUGGAUGAUAGUGAGCAAGACAUUACUGGCAUGGUGCAUGGACGGUGUGACUGUGCUCACAACACAGAAGGGAAGAACUGUGAACGAUGCAAAGAUGGUUACAAUGACACACCAUGGCGGCCUGCUACUGUGGAUGAUUCAUAUGAAUGCAAAAAGUGUGACUGCAAUGGCCAUGCUGAGGAAUGCCGAUUCGAUCCAGCUGCAUUUGCUAAUUCUAAUUUUACUAGUGGUGGUGUCUGUGUCAACUGUCUGCAUAACACUGUUGGUCGUAAAUGUGAGAAGUGUAAGCCUCUGCAUUUUCAGGAUCCAUCCAAAGACUUUAGAGAUUCAGCUGCUUGUAUUCCUUGCAACUGUGAUUCUGUUGGCGGUAUCAGCGGGGGAGAGUGUGAAGGGAAGACUGACGAGGAAGCAGGCUUGGUGGGCGGCCGGUGUAUUUGUAAAAAAAACGUUGAAGGAUCCAGAUGCAGUCGGUGCAAACCAGGAUUUUGGAAUUUAAGGAGAGACAAUGAUGAUGGUUGUACAGCUUGUGGCUGUAGUCCCCUUGGUACCUUGGGUGUAUGUAACCCAAAGGAUGGAAAGUGUUUGUGUAAACGGUACGUUAUGGGACCAAGAUGCGACCGCUGUCAGCCUGGUUUUUGGGGACUGGGUAAUAAUGCCCAAGGUGGAUGCAAACCUUGCAGUUGUGACGUUGGUGGUGCGUACGAGAGGAACUGUGAACAAGUUAAGGGCCAGUGUCGCUGCCGUAAAGGUAUCACGGGAAGAAAGUGCGAUAAAGUCCAGACCGGGAAUUUCUUCCCUCUACCAGAUCACCUGAAAUACGAGUCUGAGGAAGCGAAAAUUCUUGGGGGUCAGAACAACGGUAAAGUUGUUCCGAGGGAACCACAAACUGGAGAAGAUGUGUCCUGGACAGGCGAUGGUUUCGUGGAGAUUAAAGAUAAAGCGACUUUGGAGUAUGCCGUGACUAAUGUUCCCUACACGGGCGAAUACAACAUCUUGGUUAGAUAUGAACCGAAGGAUUCUGGACUUUGGCAAGUCAAUGUAAUGAUCGAACGCCUCGACGGGCUUCCAUUGACCAGCGGUAAAUGCGUUAACGCUACUAAUGCCGAUGACCCGAACUAUGGAAAUUUCUCAGCCAUCCUGCAAACCAGAAGGCGUUACGUUCUUAUGCUCCCCAGUGUUUGUUUGGAGAAAGAUGUGUCUUACGUAGUUAAGGUCACCUACAGCAGAGACGAGUCCAACAAAGAUGGUGUCGAUAGUAUCUUGACCGACUCGAUGGUUCUUGUUCCCUACGUAGAAUCAGUUUCCAUCUUUCAAGGACCCGAUGGCGAACAAAGAAAAAAGGUUUUUGAUCAAUUCAGUUGCCUGGAUUUUAAUCUGGAGCCAGCCUCCCCUCGACCCCAACUUCCCGAUGUUUGCAAGCAGCUUAUAUUCGCUAUGUCAUCGGUUAUAUAUGAUGGCGGAAAGCCGUGUAACUGUGAUCCCACGGGAACCAAGCGAGACGAGAACGGGACGCUGAUUUGUGAUUCCGUGGGAGGUCAAUGUAAGUGUAAACCGAACGUGAUUGGCCAGAGGUGCGACCGCUGUGCUCCAGGAUCGUUUGGAUUUGGACCCCAGGGUUGUGCUGGCUGCAACUGUAAUAGUAUCGGGGCCUCUGACAACCUCUGUAACGCUCAGACUGGACAGUGUACUUGUAGAAUCAAGGCAGGGGGAAGACAGUGCAAUCUUUGUCCCCCCCGGAACUGGGGAUUCCCUUUGUGCCGACCUUGCCGCUGUAAUGGCCAUGACACUUCCAACUGCCAUCCAAAGACUGGAGAGUGUCUGGACUGUCAGCACAAUACCGCUGGCAAAAACUGUGAGGUGUGCGCUACUGGUUACUAUGGUGAUGCCACUAAGGGGACACCAAAAGAUUGCCGUCGCUGCCAGUGCCCUGGCGGUGGCACUGGAAACCAGUUUAGUGCCACUUGUCGCUCAACUGGACCAGACUCUUUUGCUUGUGACGCUUGUGAAGUUGGUUACAGGGGAACAAGGUGUGAAGAAUGUGCUGACGGUUACUAUGGUAACCCACUCGUUCCAGGCGGUCGCUGUAAGCCAUGUUCUUGUAACAACAACAUUGAUCCGUCGAACGGGGGCACCUGUGACAGAACAACUGGCAGAUGUUCAGCCUGCCUCUACAAUACCGCAGGCUUCAGUUGUGAGCGCUGUAAAUCGGGUUUCUAUGGUGACGCUAUUGCCAGGAAUUGUACCAAAUGUGUAUGUAAUAUUAAUGGCACGGCCCCUGGUUUUGUUGACACAUGCAAUUAUGAGACCGGCCAGUGCAAGUGUUUAUCAAACGUCAUUGGUAUUCAGUGUGACAAGUGCGCCGAUGGAUUCUGGAACCUGGGCAGCGGUAAGGGUUGUCAGAAGUGCGAUUGUUGUGGAGAGGGCUCGACUCAGGCCACUUGCAAUCAGGAUGACGGCCAGUGUAAUUGUAAGCCUGGAUAUGGAGGACCCCGCUGUUGCGCAUGUGAAAAUGGUUACUGGGGAACACCGCUGAACGACUGCAAACCUUGUGACUGUAAUCUCGCGGGAUCCGUGUCCCUUCAGUGUGACCGCGACACUGGGAAAUGUCAGUGUAAACAAGGUAUGAUUGGCGACAAGUGUGAUCAGUGUGCCCAGGACACCAGCGGUAAAAUGCCUCAGUGUGAAGUCUGCGGGGAAUGUUAUUACCAGUGGAAGGUCACGCUAGAGUCUCUGUCACGCAACGUCAGCCUUGAAGUACCAAGAGCGUAUAACGUCUCUCUCACUCCUCAGCCAGGAAGUGGAAGUAUUAACGCCUAUGACAAGGAUCUUAAGGAACUGGAAGACAAACUAGAAAGAGUAGAGAUGAUACUUAAAAACCAAGUUACUACUGAAAAUGAUACGAUGGCACUCGAAAAAGAAUUAGACUCCAUUGACAUGCAACUGCAAGAGGUGCAAGACAAGGUAGACAUGAUGAAAAAGGACGUGAGAUCAUCUGAAAUGCGAACAGAGGACGCCAAAACCGAGAUUCAAAUUCUACGCGAAAGGCUGGCCAAUCUUACCCAAGGUGGAACGCAGCUGAAAUCCAAUGUUGAGAAGAUUUUGCGCUCGGACAUAAGAGGUGCUUUUGAGGAAAUUUUGAAAAAUCAAAUGCGGUCGCGCCAGGCCGAGGCAAGAGUGAACGAGUCGCAGAAGAUUCUUGAUAUGUCUAAAGAACAAAGAAAUUUAACAGAGCAGCUUUUAGAAGGUCCACCUUCUUUUCUCGAUCGAUACGAUGAAAAUUCAGGCGUUCUGUUCGACAUCCUUGACAAGAUAAGAGAACUGCAAAAACAAGUAGGGAUCCUAAAUGGGGUUGUCUGCGGGUCCCCCGCCAGUAAGUGCGGUGGAUGUGGGGUGGGUAACUGUUCGUUUUGCGGUGGCCCCGGCUGUAAUGGAUCCUUAGAUCUAGCUAUGAAAGCAGUAGAAAGAGCCAGAGAGGCGGAGGCGGCUCAAAGAAUGAGAGAAGCCAAAGCGAACGAAGCAUUAGAAGAAGUACGAAACGCGGAAGUAAUGGUAAACAUGACAAAAGAAGCCGCUGACAAAGCAGUAAUGCGGGCCAUGGAUGCUCUCGCGCAGGCUCGAAAUGCAAGUGACCGCAUGGAUAAACUUAUUCAGGACAUUUUAGAUUUCCUCGACAUGGAGUUUGGAGACACAGACAUCAUACGCAAAAUAGCUGACGGUGUGAAACAAAUGAAAUUGUCAGUAACUCCCGAGGAAAUUGAAAAACUCGCAGAGGACAUAAAGUUGGCUUUGAGCUCAUUAACUGGUAUUGAUGAAAUCUUAGAGGAAACCACAGAAAGAUUAGACAAAGCUAACGACCUGAAAGAGAGAGCGGAGAAAGCCAGAAUGAAGGCAAAGUCUGUAUCUGCAGUGAUUGGUAAUAUUACGAACAUCCUCUCAAUGGCUGGGGAGAGUCAGGCGACGGCAGAGGGCGUCAAUGAUGCAGCUCAAAAAGACAUUGAAAGGGCUGAAACUAUCCUAAAAGACCUUCAAGCGGCGUUGGACAAAUUAGAGAAAGACGUGGAUACAGCUCGCGCUAACGUGACCAACAUGGCCGCCAUGAUACCUAUGGUGACAGAACAAUUCGACAAGAAUCAACAACAGCUUGCUAUCACGGAGCAGAAGGCCAAUGACGCACAUGGGGAAUCAGUGACAGCUGAAAAGGAAGCAGAUGAACUGAUGGACUCGUUUAACCAAGCGAAGGAAAGCAUUGAAGAUAAGGUUGAAGCAGUGAAGAGUGCCUCCAAAAAAGUUGUCGACAUGAAGGAACAGGCAAUUAAAUUAAUAAAAAGUCUGCAGAAAAAAAUGACGAGGAUUAUAAAGGUUGAGAAUACGACUAUUAGCUAUGAAGACCUUAUCCAAAAAGUAACAAAGUUGCAAGGGGAAACGAAAGUACUUCUGGCCAAGUUAGACAGGAGAUUUGCAUGUUACUUCCAGUGCAGUCCGGACAAUCCAAACAACCCAUGCUUUGAAGAUUAAUGCCAAUUUUGUGAAGUAAUGUAAAUGUUGUGGUAUCCAUAGGCCACUAAAUUCUCCCACCAACCGCUGCCAAUCGCAUUGAGAAUUUACCUUUAACCAGUUUUGUAUUUAAAGACUUAUGUAGCAUGUGUUCAGUGAUCCUUUUAUUUCCUGGUUCUCUGCGUGUUUUGCGUCAAGUCACGGUGCCCUCUGUAUUUUUUAAAUUUAUUUUAAUUUUUGUUUUUAUUAGUGGCUGUGUCUUUUGUUCUCGGUAAUCAUCAUCUUCUUUAUCGGCAACUAUCUUUUUUUCUUUCCCCUCUUUCGUUCAUUUAUUCUUUCCUUUUUUCUGUAUUUAUGUAAACUUAAGCGGUAGAUGGUUUUGCUUUAAAAAGCUCUUCUGGUUUUUCGUUGUCAGGUGUAAAGAAAGCAUUUUGUAACUCUUAGAAAGUCAAUCAAAAUUUGAUGAUAACCUCGUUGAUUUGAUCAUUGUUGAAAAAUUCCCCUAGCUGACAUUAAACCUUGGUGCUUUGAAAGGUUUCACUUUGUUUUUAAGGUGUCAUUUGGGUUAGUCCUUCUUUCCUUUUGCUUUACGUUGUUUCUUUGUUUGUUUUUUUAUAAAGUCUCAGUUGUUUUGUUCACUUGUUUCUUAACUGUUUUUUUAAGUGUUGAAUCUAGCGGUGAACAGACACGUUACAUGUAUGUUCGUCACAAGGUUUGAAUAAAAAGGCGAACAAAAUUCCUUCAUGUUCGUCAAAACAUGGUAAUCUAAACACGAAAGAGAGCGAGUGAAGAUUGGCAGCAUUAAAAGUUCAUCCAAAACCUGACUUGCGUCAAGGAACAAGUGCAUACUCAAAGACUAGUUUCCUGUUUCAUUUAAUUACUGACCGCCUUGACUUUGUAGGUAGUAAUCUUGGCAUGGAUUGGAGUAUUUCUUAAAACAACAGUAAUCCGAAGAUUUGCUUGAAACUGCGCUUUUUACAAGUACACUCAACAACUUACGAAAUUCUGUAUUGCUAUAACAAUUAAAACUACUUUAAAAUUGGGAAUUAUUAUAUAACUACGACGCUUUGCUCAGAAUGUGAAAGUUUCCAAAAAAAUAAAU